AUGAGUGAGGGCCAAAAGUUCCAGCUGGGGACAAUCGGCGCUUUGAGUUUGUCCGUUGUGUCGUCUGUCUCGAUCGUGAUCUGUAACAAGGCGCUUAUUAGCACCCUUGGCUUCACAUUCGCGACUACUUUGACGAGUUGGCAUCUUUUGGUCACAUUUUGUUCCCUUCAUGUGGCAUUAUGGAUGAAGAUGUUUGAACACAAGCCUUUUGAUCCACGAGCUGUGAUGGGAUUUGGCAUAUUGAAUGGGAUAUCCAUAGGACUAUUGAACCUCAGUCUGGGCUUUAAUUCCGUUGGUUUUUACCAGAUGACAAAACUAGCAAUCAUCCCCUGUACUGUGCUCUUGGAGACCCUCUUCUUCAGGAAAAAGUUCAGCCGAAAAAUCCAGUUUUCAUUGGCCAUCCUUCUCCUUGGUGUUGGAAUUGCAACCGUCACAGAUCUUCAGCUAAAUAUGCUGGGUUCUGUCUUGUCGCUGCUGGCUGUUAUCACAACUUGUGUUGCUCAAAUUAUGACAAACACCAUCCAAAAGAAGUUCAAAGUUUCAUCCACGCAACUUCUGUAUCAGUCAUGCCCGUAUCAAGCAAUCACUCUUUUCGUCGCUGGGCCAUUUUUAGAUGGGCUCUUAACCAACCAGAACGUGUUUGCUUUCAAGUACACUUCUCAAGUCGUGUUCUUCAUCGUUCUGUCCUGCCUCAUAUCAGUCUCUGUAAACUUCAGCACGUUUCUCGUCAUUGGAAAAACAUCUCCAGUCACAUAUCAGGUUCUGGGACAUCUCAAAACAUGCCUGGUUCUAGCAUUUGGCUACGUGUUGCUGCGAGACCCAUUCAACUGGCGCAACAUUCUCGGUAUUCUUGUGGCCGUGAUUGGAAUGGUUGUUUAUUCUUAUUACUGUUCGAUUGAGACUCAGCAAAAGGCAAGUGAAACAUCAACUCAGUUGCCUCAGAUGAAAGAGAGCGAGAAGGAUCCUUUAAUCGCAGCUGAAAAUGGAAGCGGAGUGUUAUCAGAUGGUGGUGGGGGUGUGCAAAAGACAGUAGCUCCUGUAUGGAACUCAAAUAAAGAUUUUCAAGCUUAA